AUGUCCGACUCGCGACGCGUCUGGAGUAUCGAAGCCGUACGCGAGCUCACGUCGAGGUACUUUAACAAGCGGGCAUGCUUGUUUCAAAUCCAAGUAGCAAUGGCCAUCUACUGUGACCGGAAAGACGUCGUUGCCUGCGCACCAACAGGGUCUGGAAAGACUCUGUCCUUCUGGAUUCCUCUGAUCAUGGCGCAGGCGGAUGGAUUGAAGAAGAUUAUGAUCGUCGUUACUCCGUUGAACUUGCUAGGCCAGCAGAAUGUGAACGAGCUGGCAUUAGCUCAUAUCCGAGCUGUGGCAGUCAAUAGCGAGAACAAUUCAGCUUCAUUAUGGAAGGACAUCAAGACCCAUCACUUCGACGUCGUCAUCAUCAACCCCGAGAUCUUAAUGGGCAGUGACGAGGCUACGGUGCUUCUUGAGGAUCCGAAAUUCGCGUCGUUGAUACUACACAUCGUCUUCGAUGAGGGACAUUGUAUUAGUGAAUGGGGGAGGUUCCGGAAAGAUUAUUCUCGCCUGGGUGCUCUCCGACACACGAUUCGAUCAGUCGAGAAGAUUCCGUUCUAUGUUGCGUCUGCUACGUUGCCAAAAUCCAUCCUUGCAGAUAUUGCGAGCAUACUCCGGCUUCGAGACGACGAAACACGAUACAUAUUGCAAUCGAAUGACCGGCCAGAAGUCGCUCUACUAGUGCGACCGUUAGUCUAUGCUGCCAACAGCUACAGGGACCUUGAGUUCCUCUUGCCAGGCAAACCGUAUUGCAAUGACGCACCCGAGAAGUUCAUUGUUUUCUUCGAUAAUAUGAAAGAAGCAGAGGCGGCGCGGGAUGCCCUGCGAAAGCGGCUCAGUACCAUCAAUAAGAGCCGAGUGAAACACUUCCACUCGACGAUGACACAAGACUACCGUCGAGAAGAGUUGGAACGGUUUCGUCGGCUCGCCAGCAGAAGUACCCUAAUAGAGCUAGGAGAGGCUAGGAGGCAUAUGCUAACAACGCGUGAUUUAUCCCAACAAGGACAUAAACUGUCUGCCGUAGUCUGCCGAGGCAUAGCUGUCACAAGUGACUCAGGUUCUCGGCAAAGGGCAUGGGAAGAGAUUCGGAGGUCUCGGCGACAUAUUUUGCCAGCCGCUCUGUCGAGAGUUUCAAGCUCGCUUGACGAUGUACUUGUUUACAUCGCGCCUUAG